CUCAAACUCAACUUAUAGGAGCGGAUAAGGGAGGGCAAAAAAAAAAAAAAAUGGCAGCGAGUUCAUCACUCUCAAUUCUGUUGGCAAAUCCAGUCCCUAAAAUCAGCUGUAAGAACCAAAUUGGAAAUAUGGUUAGUGCUUUUAACCAGAGAACCAUCAAGAAAUUGGGAACUAAAUAUGGUUCAAGAACCAGAUUGUAUGCAGCUGGGUUGUCUGAGAUUGAGCCUGACCUCAAUGAAGAUCCUAGAGACCGUUGGGCCACUCCUGGUGUUGAUGCUGAAGAUUUCAAGUAUGGAGAGUGGGAUGGGCAUCAUACUUACUUUGAAGGCCAAGACAAAAGAACGUACUGGGAAAUACUGAAAGAAGAAUAUACCUCAACAGAGCCCCCAACAGGUUUUCAAGGGUUUAUUUCAUGGAUCUUCCUUCCAGCAGUUGCUGCUGGGAUGUAUUUCAAUGUGCCGGGGGAGUAUCUGUUCAUUGGAGCAGGUCUAUUUGUGUUUAUUUUCUGUGUGAUUGAGAUGGAUAAACCCGACAAGCCACACAACUUUGAGCCCCAGAUAUACAAUAUGGAGAGAGGUGCUCGUGACAAGUUAAUAGAUGACUAUAAUACCAUGAGCAUAUGGGACUUCAAUGAGAAAUACGGAGACCUCUGGGAUUUCACCAUAACAAGGGAAGACAUAACCAAGAGAUAAUUUUACCUUGGCAACAAGAACUGUUAUUGUAUUCGUUCUGUAAGUAAGUGACAUUGUUGAAAGGUAUAGUUUAUAUUUCCCAAUUUUAUUCCACCGUUUCUUCGUAUAAAGAUGGCCUAUGACGUUACUUAAGCCGUGAAUGAAGUCAGGAUGUUUUGGAAA